AUGGCAGUGUACGACAUUAGACUAUGUCGCGUAUCCCUAAAAUCCCCCAAUGGGCGCCAAAACUUGUCCCUGAUUUAUUUUCGUAUGGUUUUGAAUCCCUUGAGAGGAUACCAUAAGGAAGGAAGACCUAGGUCUUCAAGCUCUAUUACUUCCACUCUCAACAGGCUUCAAAGCCGGAUGUCAACUCCAACAAGGUCGAAGUCGCCCAAAAAGAUCAAAACUGCUUUUGACAACUUAUCUGAUAUAGGUUCUGCAUCACCUUCUCCUAAGUUAAAGGAAGAGCCGAUACAUUAUGGCUCCACAAAUGAUUAUGGAAGCCAGCGAGGUUCUUUGCGUAGUAUGGUAUCUCACGUGGAAAAUAUGAUACCAGUUUCUAUAAGUCCCGUUCCAUCAGCAAACGAUACCCCUCAACAUAAGGCAUCAGAGAAUUGCCCUUCAUUCAGAAACAUUCUUGCUGUUGAUUCCCUAAGGUCUUAUUUGACGUCGGGGGCUACAGACGAAGAAACCAGACCAAUCUUGCCUGUCUGUGAGGCAGACUGUGCUUCCUCUACCAGAAACCACGAGCUUAGAUACCAUCAUCACGUUAAAGCUUUGAAGAGAUUUGUUUCCAGUAACAGGUAUGGGUUUCGCAUAGUGGGCUCUCUUCUCCUUAUCAUUUUGGCCCUUAUACUCGCAGUUAGAAUUUUGGUGUGA